GCCAUACCGAGUCCCCUUCUCCUUGUUUCUGUGCAUCAUCUGAAUUUCUUAAAGAUGGGCAGUAACUAUGGUCCUUUACACAUAUUUUUCUUCCCCUUCAUGGCACAUGGCCAUAUGAUACCUUUGGUUGACAUGGCCAAACUAUUUGCUGCAAAGGGUGUGAGAACCACCAUAAUCACCACACCACUUAACGCACCCAUCAUCUCCAAAACUAUAGAACAAACCAAAACUCAUCAAAGCAAAGAGAUCAACAUUCAAACCAUCAAGUUCCCCAAUGUUGGGGUUGGUUUACCAGAAGGAUGUGAACACUCUGACUCAGUCCUUUCAACAGAUUUAUUUCCGAUUUUCCUUAAGGCCACUACGCUGAUGCAAGAGCCCUUUGAGCAACUAUUGCUUCACCAGCGUCCAAAUUGUGUUGUUGCUGACUGGUUUUUCCCAUGGACAACUGAUUCUGCUGCCAAGUUUGGAAUUCCCAGGCUCGUGUUCCAUGGGAUUAGUUUUUUCUCCUUGUGUGCAACCAAAAUAAUGAGUCUCUACAAGCCUUACAACAACACUUGUUCUGACUCGGAGCUAUUCGUUAUUCCUAAUUUUCCCGGUGAAAUCAAAAUGACAAGGUUGCAGGUGGGAAAUUUCCAUACGAAAGAUAACGUGGGCCACAACAGCUUUUGGAAUGAAGCGGAGGAGUCAGAAGAGAGGAGCUAUGGGGUGGUUGUUAAUAGCUUCUAUGAACUUGAGAAGGAUUAUGCAGAUCAUUACAGGAACGUGCACGGAAGAAAAGCAUGGCAUAUAGGCCCUUUGUCUCUUUGCAACAGGAAUAAGGAGGAAAAAAUAUAUAGAGGAAAAGAAGCGUCUAUUGAUGAGCACGAGUGCUUAAAGUGGCUGGACACGCAAACAACUAAUUCAGUUGUUUACGUGUGUUUUGGAAGUGCGGUAAAGUUUUCUGAUUCACAGCUUCUAGAGAUUGCUAUGGGACUUGAGGCAUCGGGACAACAAUUCAUCUGGGUCGUUAGGAAAAGCAUCCAAGAAAAGGGAGAGAAAUGGUUACCUGAAGGAUUUGAGAAAAGAAUGGAAGGCAAGGGACUAAUCAUAAGAGGGUGGGCGCCUCAAGUGUUGAUCCUUGAACACGAAGCCAUUGGUGCGUUUGUGACACAUUGUGGAUGGAAUUCGACGUUGGAAGCAGUGAGUGCUGGGGUGCCCAUGAUCACUUGGCCUGUGGGUGCGGAACAAUUUUUCAAUGAGAAGUUGGUGACUGAGGUACUUAAAAUUGGUGUGCCUGUUGGUGUUAAAAAAUGGAGUUACUCUGGGGUGGAUUGUUGUGCAAAGUGGGAUGUUGUAGAGAAGGCUGUGAAAAUGGUAUUUGCAAAGGAGUUAGAGGGAAUGAGAAAAAGAGCAAAAGUGUUGGCGCAGAUGGCAAGACGGGCGGUGGAAGAAGGAGGAUCUUCUGACUCAAAUUUGGAUGUUUUAAUUCAGGAGUUGGGCACUCUCUCCUCCCUUUCCCGUUAA